GAAUUGCAGAACAAACCUUUUCCUUCACGAUCAAAUCCUUCAUUUUUUCUUGCCCAAUUACACAUUCAAUUUAUUCAUUCUUCCAUAUCCGAAACCCUAAGCAUUGAUCCAUACUGUUUGCAUAAUAUAAUUAUAAAAAAGUAUGAUAAACAGCAAUUGCAGUAGUAGUUGUAGCAGCAACAUCAACGGCAAUCAUCAUCAUCAUCAUAAUCACCACAAGCUUCCCAAACGCAUCAUCUUAUUGCGCCACGGCGAGAGCCAAGGUAACAAGGACGACGCCGCCUACACCGUGAUCCCCGAUCACAAGAUCCCGCUUACCGACCAGGGAUUCGACCAGGCCGAGCGCGCCGGGACGCGCAUUAGGGACGUCAUUUCCGACCAAGGCGCCUCCCACACCUGGAAGGUCUACUUCUAUGUCUCCCCUUACGAGCGCACCCGCUCCACGCUCCGCGAGAUGGGCCGUGCCUUCCCCCGGAAACGGGUAAUCGGGGUAAGGGAGGAAUGCCGGAUCCGGGAGCAGGAUUUCGGCAACUUCCAGGUCGCUGAGCGGAUGAAGGUUAUCAAGGAAACGCGGGAGAAGUUCGGCCGGUUUUUCUUCCGGUUCCCUGAAGGCGAAUCGGCAGCAGACGUUUUUGAUCGGGUUUCGAGUUUCCUAGAAUCUCUAUGGAGAGACAUAGAUAUGAACAGACUCCACCAUGACCCGGAUGAUGAAUUGAAUCUCAUAAUCGUAUCCCACGGGCUGGCUAUACGUGUCUUCCUUAUGAAAUGGUUUAAAUGGACAGUGGAGCAAUUUGAGCGCUUGAAUAACUUGGAAAAUUGUGAGUUUCGCAUAAUGCAGCUUGGAAGCGGUGGAGAUUACAGUCUCGCAGUCCAUCAUUCUGAGGAAGAGAUGAAGGCUUGGGGACUAUGCACUGAUAUGAUUGCAGACCAAAAAUGGCGAGCUUCUGCCACCAGGGGCGAUUGGAACGAAAAAUGCCCAUGGUACCUCGAUGCUUUUUUCGACACUUUUAACGACUCAUCAGAUGAAGAAGAACUUUUUUUUGAAACGAGAUGAAGAAGAAGUUGAAACUGUUGUUGUGAUUCUUCUUGAUUCUAAUGUAUACAUUAUUUUUUGUUUUUUGUUUUUUGUUUUUUUUUUUUCCUUUUCUUCUUACAUAAGGAGUGUAACUUUGCUCCUAGCUGCUUCACAUACAUAGUACAUGGAGCUGAGGUUUCUUGAAUCUAUACUAGCAUUCUUGUAAAUUUAGAUGUAGCACUUGUAAUUAAUUAACUCUAGGCAAAGUGUGCAUCACAGAUGGACUGAAUGAUGAAAUUCAUUUCAUUUUAUUCAAUCAAACUUGAGUUUAUCUUAUGAAAA